AUGUGCAGCCGCCCCCUCGUCGCCCCUUCUCAAUCCAACCGAGCCACGGCGUCGACCAGUGCACGCACGUUGUCCGAUGAUUCGGACAUUGAGAUACUGCCUGGGCCACCCCUGCCACCCCAUACCCCACGCCGCACACAGCGCACGCCAUCCGAUACGAUCGAACGGUCGGACUCGGACAACGAGUCUGAGGCAUCCGCGGCAUACUGGGCCAACGUAGAACCACCGUUGCCGGCUCUUCUGCCCGCUGCGUCUCAGGCAAACGCUGCCAUUCCCCCUUCAUCGUCGCCUCUCUCGUCACCUGCGUCUGUCUCGUCUCGCAACGGUGCGUUGUGCAAUCGAGGGCGCGCGACCGACGCGAGGCUCAUUCGCGCCACGAUCGCUGUCGACGCCGCGUCCGAGGACGGCUCCGACACGGAUUCCUCGAUUGAUGGAGACGGACCUGCAGUGCCUACGCCCGUCGCGUCGGACGCCGGAACGUUGUUAGUGAGCAAACCGUUUUGCGUCGCUAUCUAUGCCUACAACGAGGAAGGUCUGCAGCCGGACGUCUUCCUCUUCGACAAGCGUGGUCGACAGAGCUUUACGUCUGUCUGCACAAGGUACGAUUUGGAUCUCGUCGAUCCCAUCGCACUGUGGAUUGGCCCGAAGCGGGCGUGGCGCUUUGUGCAUGUCGAGAACAUCGCCAACGUCGUGUUCGGCUUACGCGAAGGCGAUUACAUUGUGUGGGUGAAGUGGGGACUUAGCAAGCUCCCGUUAAUCCACGAGGUUACAGGUGGUGUGGCUCCCGAAUGGCCGGACCGCGAGACCAUUUGGGAGGAUAGGCAAUCUAUCUUCGAGGAGCUCGACCCGGAACGCCGACGCUUUGAAGAAAACAAGCUUCGCUUGUAG